AUGGGAUGUUCAGGCAGCACGCUGAGCUCGCCGGCCAGGGCCGUCAAGCCAUUUCCAGGCAUUGCAUUUAUCGAGCAAGAGUUUCCCGUGCGGAUGCCUUGUAUUCCAGGGGACGUGCUCAUUAGUGGAAACCUGCCGCGGGAGAUCGUGGAAAAGAUGGCGGGGUACUGCAAGGGCUGGUUGUACAUUGAACCGGAGCAAGAUGAGUGGUUCAUGCCGGAGGCAAUCCAGGAUCGGGGCGUGUCUCUGAAAAUGGUACCUUUCAAGCCAGGAAAGGAUACCUCCACCAGUGCCCUGCACAAAAUGUACACCGCCAUCUCCCAGAUGCCCCGACCCUUGAUGAUUCAGUGUAGCAGCGCGAACCGUGCUGCAAUCGCCUUACUGCUUUGGAUGGCCUUCUGCUACGGGUACAGCAGGGCUUCGGUGAAUCAGUUGCUACAGGACCUGGACUUGACCACAGUGAAGUCUGAGGCAAAACGGUGGCUAGAGAAUCAGUUGCCAGAGGUGGGCAAGGUGGAGCCUUUGAUCUCGCGCAGCCCCGAGGUGACUCAACUCUACGACGAGGUCACCAGCACCUUGACGUACAUCGUUGCUUGCCCCAAGACCAGGGAAGCCCUGCUCAUCGACCCGACCCACCGAAAGGUGCAGCGGGACCUGGAGGUGCUGCAGGGCAUGGGACUUUGCCUGAAAUACGUGCUGAACACCCACUGCCUGCCAGAGCGCAGCGCCACGAACAGCCUGCUGCAGCAGACGCAGCCGGAGCUGCAGACCGUGAUCUCGCAAGCCUCCGAUGUUGAGGCAGAUCUCCAGGUGAGCCAUGGACAGCGGAUUCCAUUGGGCAUGCUGACUUUGGAGGUGAGGGGAACGCCAGGCCACACCGCCGGCUGCGUCAGCUACGUGCUGUGCACGCGCACGGCGAGCUUCGCCUUCACCGGGAACUCGCUGCUGAUCCGCGGCUGCGGCAACACGGACCAUGGGGACGCUCGCCAGCUUUACCGCAGCGUGCACCAGCAGAUCUUCACUUUGCCAGGUGAUACCAUUGUAUGCCCUGGGCAUGACGCAAAGGGCCGCAGUGUUUCGACGGUGGAAGAGGAGAAGCGUUUCAACCGACGCCUUGCAAAGGCUGAGGAGGAGUUCGUGUGUCGCAUGGAGAAGAGACAUUGCUCAAGCCCACACCUUGUCACAGCCACUGCCACCACGCCAGACGACGAGGAGGACGCCAUUGUGCACAAGCGGAGCUGUUCCUGCCCCGACCUGGGUGUGAAGCCUACAGCCUCCAUCAUGCGGGAGGCGCUGUCCGAGGUGCAGAAGCGAUUCACGGAGACCGGGCUGGAGGCCUUUGCUCAGGUUUUCCUCAGGCGCAUGGCGCGCUUUCUGUCGAGGCUCCAGACCAAAGGUUGGGAAGCCAUUGAGAAGGAGCAUCCCGUGCGAUUUCCCUGCCUUCCUGGAGAUGUGCUCAUCAGUGGCAGCCUGCCCAAGGAGAUCGUUUUCCAGCUCGCUGGGUAUUGCAAGGGCUGGCUGUACCUUGACCCAGAGCAAGACGAGUUCAUGGCAGAGUCCAUUUUUGCUCGUGGGUGUUCCCUGCAAGUAGUGCCAUUCAAACCUGGCCGGGACACUUCCAUCACUGCCAUGCGGCACAUGCUUGCGGCCAUCAGCCAGAUGCCCCGGCCUUUGAUGAUCCAGUGCAGCAGCGCGAACCGCGCGGCAGUUGCACUCCUUCUAUACAUGGCGAUUCAGUAUGGCUACAGCAGGGCGUCUGUGGAUCAGUUGCUUUAUGACCUGGACUUCCACACGGUGAAGUCUGAUGCAAAACUGUGGCUAGAUAGUCAGCUGCCGGAUGUGGGGAAGGUGGAGCCUUUGAUCUCGCGCAGCCCCGAGGUGACUCAACUCUACGACGAGGUCACCAGCACCUUGACGUACCUCGUGAAGUGCCCAGAAACAAAGAUCGCGGCACUCAUCGACCCAGUGCCAACAAAGGCAGAAAGGGACUUGGAGCUUUUGCGGAGCAUGGGCCUGAGGCUGAAGUACAUUCUGAACACGCACAGCCGUGCGGACAACACCGCCACGAGCGGCUUUUUGAGACAGAAGCAGCCAGGGCUGCGGACAGUCAUCUCGCAAGCCUCCGGUGCGGAGGCGGACAUGCAGGUGUUCCACGGCCAGACCAUCAGCCUGGGCAACCUCAUGAUGGAGGUGAGGGAGACGCCGGGCCACACCGCUGGAUGCGUCACCUUUGUGUUGCGCACGCGUACGGCCACCUUUGCCUUCACGGGAAGGUCGCUGCUGAUUCGCAGCUGUGGCAAGACGGACCGGGGGCUUGCCCGGGUCCUGUACCGCAGCGUGCAUGAGCAGAUCUUCCGCUUGCCAGGUGACACCAUUGUUUGCCCUGGCUGGGAUGCCAAGGGCCGCAGUGUUUCAACUGUGGAAGAGGAGCGACGCUUCAACCUGCACCUCACAACUUGCGAGGAGGAGUUUGUUCAUCGGAUGGAAAGGAGGCAUUACUCGAGCCCCAAUUUGAUUGGCAUCGGCGUCAGCGUAUCGGAUGAGAAGGAGCUGGCCGGCCCUGUGCAUACCAAUCGCAGCGUGUCGUGCCCAGAUCUGAAUGCAAUGAAGGCGUGUGCAGUGCGCGCGCUUACAGAUACAAUUCGGGAAGAACUUUCAGAGAUUCAUUUCAGCUCCCUUUGA